AUGUGGGCCCUCAACCAACUCGAAUACCCCUUCUUGGUCGUCACCGGCGCGGACCAUAACGAGACUAACACUCGGCUCGGCGAAGUGUAUGAGCUUCUCGGACCGGACGUCAAGAUGGUCAUCGGCGAUUAUCUCUCUAUCCCUCAGUGUCUUCAUAAUAAGGCUUGCGUCGAGUCCAAUGAUAAGCCGCUUGGAAUCCCUCCUCAUAAAUUGUUCAUCUUUGACGGAUUUGGACAAGAUGUCGGACAUCCGCUGGGCAGGAAAUGGCACUUGACCUUUUAUCCCCAGGAAGAGAAGAACUACACAUAUCUAGGCCUGACGAUCGAGCAUUACUGCCACAAGUUCGGGGUAGUCCCAGCGCAGGAGCGAAGCAACAAGAUCUACAUCCUAGGGAAAGACCGCAGCUAUCUGCAUGCGCCCUCGCCGACGCUCUAUCCGGAGACGAUGUGGCAAUCCUUGGCCAACAAGACCGGCGUCCAGUUCACCAUCGGCACCCAACAGAAGGAGAAACUCAAGGGCUUGGAUAGUCGGGCUCUCGAGCCCAAGGACCAACUCUUCGACGGCAUCAUCGAUAUCGGAUCCCAAGCUCGCGAUCAAUUCAUCUACGAAUUGCAGCAUCAUAAGGCCGUCAUCGGCCUCGGUUGGCCCGUUCAACCUUCUACUGCACUCGAGGCUCUUUGCGUCGGCACCCCUUUCAUCAAUCGUAAGCUCUAA